UUAUACAGUAUAUAGAGUAACUGUAAGUUGCGAUUCAGCAUUAUCUCUUGAGGUUGCUACCAGCGAGAUGCCUAGUUUUUACUUUAAAGUAAAAUCUCGUGAUACUGGGGAGGAGAACACAAUAGAAACAGGGCUUUCAUCCACAAUGCCUACGUCAAUGCGCUUGAGAGAUCUUAUUCGACAGAUUCGAGGAGCUCGUACAGCUGCAGAUGAACGUUCUGUUGUUCAAAAGGAGUGUGCAUAUAUUCGUUCAACUUUUAGAGAAGAAGAUAAUAACUGGCGAUGUCGGAACGUAGCGAAACUUUUAUAUAUUCAUAUGCUAGGAUAUCCUGCUCAUUUUGGACAAAUGGAAUGUUUAAAAUUAAUAGCAUCUCAAAAAUUCACUGAUAAAAGAAUAGGAUAUCUAGGUGCAAUGCUAUUGUUAGAUGAAAGACAAGAUGUUCAUCUACUUAUAACAAAUUCUUUAAAAAACGAUUUAAAUAGUCCCACACAGUUCAUAGUAGGUCUUGCUCUUAGUACUUUAGGAGCAAUUUGUUCUCCCGAAAUGAGCCGUGAUUUGGCAGGAGAAGUUGAAAGAUUAUUAAAAUCAUCUAAUGUUUUCAUUAGGAAAAAGGCUGCAUUAUGUGCUUAUCGAAUCAUUAAAAAGGUUCCAGAACUAAUGGAAAUGUUUAUUCCUGCCACAAGAUCAUUACUUACAGAAAAAAACCAUGGUGUGUUGAUAACUGGUGUUAUAUUGAUAACAGAAAUGUGUGAGAAAAGUCCAGAUACUUUAAUUCAUUUUAAACGAAUUGUCCCAAACUUAGUCCGGAUAUUGAAAAACCUCAUUAUGGCAGGUUAUUCUCCAGAACAUGAUGUUUGUGGAGUUAGUGAUCCAUUUUUACAAGUAAGGCUUAAUUUUAAAGUUAAUAAAUUUCAUUUCAAACAUAUGGUAGCAACAAAUACUGAAACAAGUAAAAAUGUUGGAAAUGCAAUUUUGUAUGAAACAGUUUUAUCAAUAAUGGAGAUAAAAUCAGAAAGUGGACUCAGGGUACUAGGUGUUAACAUAUUAGGAAGAUUUUUGCUUAAUGCUGAUAAGAAUAUAAGGUAUGUUGCUCUGAAUACAUUACUACAAAUAGUACAAGCUGAUUUUAAUGCUGUCCAGAGGCAUCGCAGCACAAUAGUAGAUUGCUUAAAGGAUCCUGAUGUAUCUAUACGAAGGCGGGCCAUGGAGCUUUGUUUUGCCCUAAUCAGUGCUAAUAAUAUUAGAACAAUGACGAAAGAGUUGUUAGUAUUUUUGGAAAAAGCUGAUCCAGAAUUUAAAUCUCAGUGUUCAUCUAAUCUCUUUAUUGCUGCUGAUAUGUAUGCACCUAAUCGGAAAUGGCAUAUAGAUACUAUGAUUAAAGUUCUUACAACUGCAGGAAAUUAUGUUCGUGAUGAUGUUGUAGGAAAUUUAAUCCAGUUAAUUUCAGAAUCCAAUUCUCUGAAUAUAUAUACAGUUCAGCAAUUAUGGAAACAAUUAACAGGUGAUUUAGCAUUACGUCAACCACUUUUACAGGUUGCACUGUGGUGCUUAGGUGAAUACGGAGAUUUACUAAAUUCUACUGAAGUUAAAGAUGCCGAUCCACCAAAUGUGUCGGAGGACCAAAUUUUAGAUUUAUUUGAAAAAGUUCUUGGAGAUAUUCACAUUACUUUGGUCACCAAAGAAUAUGCUAUUACUUCAUUAAUGAAGUUGAGUGUUCGCUAUGAAAAUGCUGCACCGAGAAUUAAAAAAAUUAUAGAUGUGUAUGGUUCCAAUAUGAAUAUUGAAUUGCAGCAAAGAUCUACAGAAUUUUCAACUUUAUUCUCAAAACACAAUCAUUUAAGGCCUAGUUUAUUAGAACGAAUGCCUCAAAUGGAAAAUAAAUCUCAUAAUGAAAAUAUGCAAAAUGGUCAAAUAACAGAUGAUGAAGGAAAUGAAACAGAACAAUUAAAAGAACCAGAAAAAGAACAAAAGCUUAUUCAAGAAUCAAAUAUGUUAUUAGAUCUUUUGGGUGUUACAAUUGAAACAAAAUCCACAGAAAAUUCAGCUCCUCCUCCUCCUCCAACAAAAGGAACUGAUUUGUUAGAUUUGUUAGGUGAUAUUGAUUUUAAUCCUAAUGCCACAGACAAUACUGAAUUACACUUGUCAGAAAAAUCAAAUAAUUUUGGUGACUUUUCAUCUCCAGUUUUAAAUAGUAUACCUUCAAUUUCUGCUUUUGAAAAAAAUGGUUUAAAAUUAGAAUUUUCAUUUGAAAAGCCUCCUGAUAAUCCUCAGUCAGUAGUAAUUCUUUUAACUGCUACAAAUGAUACACCAAAUCCCAUGAAAGAUUUUUUGUUUCAAGCAGCUGUUCCUAAGACAUUCCAACUACAACUCCUUCCACCAACAAGUACAGUCAUACCACCAAGUAAUUCUGGAAAUAUUCAGCAAACAAUUAAAAUUGUUAAUCCUAAUAAGAAUUUAUUACGGAUGAGGAUAAGAAUAUCAUAUAAUGUAAAUGGUGUUGCCAUACAAGAUCAAACAGAAGUUAACAAUUUUCCUGCAGCAAUAUGGAAUUGAAAAAAGUUUUAUUAUUUCUUGUAAUUUCUUAAACCAGAAACUAAAUUAAUAUGGAGAAUAUCAUCUGAAGCCAAAGCUCAAAAUAAUAAAUUUUUACAAUAAACAAAGUACUGUGAAAUUUGAAAAUCAUAUUGUGCCAUCCAGUCAGAAAUUCCAACUUUAAACAACACAUUUAUUUAAAUCACUAGAAGCAUAGAAUAUCUUCAUAUAGAAAAUACUAGAGACAAGAUUGUAAGUACUGUGUUUGCAAGACUUAUGCAAAUAUUUAUGGUUAAGUGAAAAUAACAUUGAAACAAAAGUGCCAGGCAUUUUUUCCAUCCUUGCCAUCGUUUUAAAAUAGGAUGUGAUUUUUUUCCUCUUUUUUUUUGCAAUUUUUAUUUACAAAUCCAAUAUUGGGAACAAGUUUAUACUCUUAUAAAUAGUUUUCCUUGUCGUUGUUAUUAUAGUACAAGAUUACUAAAGAAGAGUAGCUUGUUAGAAUUAAUUGGAAUCUUAAGUUAAAUGGGAAAAAUAUUUCAGGGGCCUUGUUCUUUCCACUUCACUUUAUCAUGAUCAUCGGAUUCUAAUUAAUCAGAUACUUUUUCAUUCUACAUAAUUUGGUGUUAAUUUACACUUAAUUGGACUGUGAUCAGAUGUGCCGUGGCUCUUUAAUGUCGAAACUUGAAUAUAAAAGUAUUGUUUUAAAAUAAAAACUAUUACGUGUAGUUUUGUCAUUUGUUAUAAAUAUGUAAAUAUUACAAGAGCCUCGCACAGACUGUAUAAUAAUAAUAGAUUCUGCAUUGGAUGU